GGAUCAAAGACUCACUCUGCUCCUCGGUCACACGGUCUUCACUCCAUGUAGUGCGCUCUCGGUCUCCACGGACGCUCCGCUGUCUGGAUAUCGCAGCCUGUUGUUAUUUCAUUGGAUUAUAUUCUUCUGAUGGUUUUCAACUCCAACUCGAUGUAUAGAAAUGGGUAAACUGCACUCGAAGCAUGCCACUAUUUGUAAACCGAGGGAGAGUCCAGAAGGCGACAGCUUUGUUGUGAAUGCCUGUUUGGCGAAAAAGGGAGUCGACGACUGGCUCGUGAAGCAGAAAUACUACUGCACGAGCUCUCGCCUCGAGCAACAGGACUGUCACCAUAAGAGUAACUGCGGACUGACUGCACGGGACUCAUUGGUUGAUGCGUGUGGUGAGGGGAUCAUUGAUGAACACUAUCGUUUAGAAGUGGCUCUACCCCCGGAGAAGACAGACAGCUGCUGCGUGGAGGAGAAGAUGCAGGAGAGGGACAGCCGGUCUCCCGCGGGGCCACAGAAACAGCUCCAGUUUGAAGAGCUGGAGUGUGCUGUGUCUGUGGAGGAGGACAACAGACAGGAGUGGACCUUUACCCUCUAUGAUUUUGACAACAAUGGCAAAGUUACUAGAGAGGACAUCACCAGCCUGCUCCACACCAUCUACGAGGUGGUGGACGCCUCGGUCAACCACUCUCCUGGCAACAGCAAGACUUUGCGGGUCAAGCUCUCUGUCGCUCCAGACUCAAGCCAGCGGUGGAGGAGCUGUGCUCAGGGUACCACAGACAUGUCCCACUCCAGGGAGAAAAAUGACAAGUGCAUCGAUGAUCUCAAGAGUGCGGACAAGAAGUCUCGAGCGCUCCUCAGGCGCCACCACAGCGACCACCACACCCAGUCUGGCUGCCAGCGCCACUGUGUGGACGAGAACCUGGAACGCAGGAACCACUACUUGGACCUGGCAGGCAUUGAAAACUACACGUCCCGCUUUGGAGCUGGGACAGGUCCUGCUGCAGAACCAGCAAAGGUAGAGGCUCAGGCUCGCUCAUCCAACCAGGCCCGUUCUCGCUCACAUGAACCAGAAAACGGACACCCCCACUCACACCACCGCCGGCUGCAGUCGGCUGUGGACACUCCUGCUGCAGAGAGCCUUCACCCAGCCCGGCCCAGAGGCCAGGACUCCGGGCGGCAUGGCAUUCGCUCUCCGAAGACUCACAGCCGCACACCCCCUGCACAGAACAGUGGGAGGGUGAUGAGGAGUCGAGGCGCCCCGCCUCCGCCGGCUCUGCCCUCCCAGACUACCCCUCAUCAGUCAUCUGCCCCCUACCGCAAACACAAACAGCGAUCCAAGGAGAGCCAAGGCUACCGGGCCUUAGGCUCUCUUGGCUCUCCGGGACCUAUAGUGGAGAAAGAGCAGGUCAGGGACCUCCCAAGUGUGUUGCUGUAUGAGGGUGGACUGGCACAAGUGGUGCAGCGGCAUGAACAUCACCACCACCAUGAACACCAUCACCACUACCACCACUUUUACCAGUCCUGAAGCUCUGGCCUGCCUGGGAUGGCUCAGCGCCCCUGCAUUACCACAGAAAACAACCAGGCCAGCAGACUCUGACUGCAGCGCUGCACCUGGCAGCACAGGCACAGGACAUGGGGAGGACAUGAGGGCGACGGCCAGCGUGUGCCAGGGCUGGAAUGUUAAGUAACCAGUGCUAUAAAAAUGUUGGUCUGACAUACAGAAGCUUUGGUAUGCAGUAGGACAGUGAGUAAAAGCCCAUGUUGAGUAGCUGGACUGAAAAUCACAUGAAGGCUCAGGAGGCAACCCGGUUCAGACCCGCUGACCUGUAGAUCAUCAGACCAGCAUCCCAACGCUCCCCAGACCACUAAGUCAAAAGGAAGAGGAGGAACACGACGAGGAAGCUGUGACUGUAAUACAAAAAUAUAUGAAGGAAUAUGGGCGACGAGCAAUUUGUGAAAAAUUUGUGUCUAAAACAGAAUGACGGUGUGCGCACAUCUGAGCGUCACGACACUGGUGUGUGUUGGAAACCACUGAAAGUGUGCUCAGAAUUUAAAGCAAACUCCCCAGCAUAGUUUUGAAGAAAAUAAAAUAACCCGUAAUACACUGUAGGCAUAAAGGGGGAGGAAAACUUUGAAAUAGUAUAAUUUAUCCCAGAUCCACUUCUACCUCUGUUUUUUAUCCGAAUUGUUGUUCUGAUAGAAACGUUAAACAAGCAUUCAUUUUCAAAAUCACUUUUAAACUUUGUUGAAUGAAGAUAAAUCAUCUCACAAACUGCAGCUCUGAAAACUAGAAAGCCUCCUCUGAUUUAUGAACUAACAUUUGCUGUACAUAAGGUAUUUAUACUGUCAUCGAUUUUAUAAGCUUUAUUCAUGUAUUCAUUGUGGAAACUACAUUUUUAUUAUGACCACUAGGAACUUCAGUAAAACAUGUAAUUGAA